AUGCGUACCAGCGUAACCCCUCGAGACACCCCAGUUGUGGCCUACACCGGAUUCGGAACAGCUACACGCGGGAUACUCUCGGGUACGCCCACCAUCAUGACUCUCCCCGGAGGUAAGAAGACGCAAGAGCUCUGGUCAGUAAAGUUGGACGGCAUCGUGUCCGAGGGGGACUGCGGCUCCAUCGUCGUCAACGAGGAGACCGGCAACCUUGAAGGCCACAUUGUUGCCGGAAGUCCAGGCUCUGGUAAUGCCUACAUCAUACCGGCGCAUGGCGUCCUGCAGGAUAUACGGAGGAGGCUUUCAUCACGACUUCAAAUCUGGAACCGCUUUUCCCGUUGCACACCGAGGGUACCGACGACAGCCAUAAGCGGCAGUGAAGCUUCUGCGUUGACGAGAACUUUCCGCGAAAACCUGAGUGAAGCGCGGAAGGCGAAGUUGACUAAGGCACGCCGAACCUCACCACUGUCACCGCUGCAAUCUCAACCUCCCAUCAUCCAUAAUAUACCAAUCAGCCCACAGCAACCACAGAGUCAAAAGUCGAUCAGAUUCAAGGACCUGUUGUGGUCACUCUCGAGCAAACCGUUUCAGUGGAACAACCCGGAUCUACUCGACGAGGCGCUCUCCCAAUUGCCACUGGAGAUGCUCCACCGACAAGCAGAGAAGGAGUUCGAGGUCGUCCGCUCCGACGCCAAAGCACAUUCACCAGCCCGGCGCCCCAUUCUGGGUUUCGAGGAUUGUGUCAUCAAAGCGUUGCUGAGGUGGUUCAAGAGAUCUUUCUUCCAGUGGGUCGACAAUCCUACCUGUUCGAUCUGCCGCAGUAAAACCACCGGGAUCGGAAUGGCUGUACCACAGGCUGAGGAGCUGGCUGGCGGUGCAAGAGCCGUCGAGGCUUACCGCUGCGAGAACAGAUACUGUGGCAACUUCGAACGGUUUCCGCGGUAUAACGACCCGUUUGUGCUCAUGCGUACCAGACGGGGGCGGUCGGGAGAAUGGACUCAAUGCUUCUCAAUGCUUUGCCACGCGCUUGGAGCCAGGGUGAGAUUGGUGUGGAAUGCGGAAGACCACGUUUGGACCGAGGUGUACUCGAAGCACCAGAAGAGAUGGAUACACGUGGAUGCUCAUGCAGAAGCUUGGGAUGAACCCAGGAUCUAUUGUGAAGGGUGGGGCAAAAGAUUGUCAUACUGUAUCGCCUUCUCCAAAGACGGCGCCACGGAUGUGACUAAGCGUUAUGUCCGUGGCCAGCGGUUUGCACUCGAAAGGAAGCGAGCAUCUGAGGCUGAGCUCAUCCACACCCUGGGAGAAAUCCGUAGUGCAAAACAGAAGGAUAUGUCUGCGGAGCAGCAACAGCGCUUGAUGCUGGAAGACAGGGCUGAGCAGGCUGAGCUCCAGAAAUUUAUCUGGGAUCAGAUAAUGCAAGACCUUUGCAAGCUUGACGUAGGCAAGGCCGGCUCUACCCGCACAAAUCAACCAGACCCAGACGCAGAACGAACCAACGCAAUGAAAAGGUGGAGGCUCUCAGACAACGUGGUGAUAGGGUAA